ACUUGGCUUCUUCGGUUGCUCAGCAGGUCGGUCGAGGGAGAAACACAGGCCCUUCCACUCAAGUCGGAAAACAUUCCAUCAAAACCAGAAGAACAGAAGAACUUAAAGAAAGAAGGGCGCGGAGAGAAAAUGGCUGCUGUAAUGUUACGUUGUUUGCAGCCAGAUAUCGAUGAGGAGAGAUACAGCGACAAGGGAAUCCCGACAGUAACUUCAGAUGAACAAAUUAAAGUGGAGAAGAACAUUGCAGCAAUCUUCAAUUACUUCAGAAACACCAUUGAGGUAGAUUCCAAAGAACCCGUGCUACAUCGUGAACGUCAUAUUGCUUACUUGAAAAAAGGGUUGAAAAAUCUUCCAGAGGGAUUUCAAUGUUUGGAUGCUAGUCGGCCAUGGCUUGUGUACUGGGCUGUGCAUGCGCUGGAGCUUUUAGAGGUCAAGCUGAAUGAGCAGGAAGCAGGAAACAUCAUCGACUUCUUAAAGAGAUGCCAAAACCCUGCAGGGGGCUUUGGUGGCGGACCGGGCCAGUACUCCCACUUGGCCCCUACUUACGCAGCUGUGAAUGCACUGGCGAUUGUUGGCACAAAAGAAGCCUAUGAUGUGAUAAACAGGGAGAAACUUCAGGAAUUUCUGUGGCAAAUGAGAACAGAUGAAGGGGCUUUCAGAAUGCACGAAGGUGGAGAAGUAGACAUUCGGGGUGUCUAUUGUGCAGUGUCAGUUGCACGCCUUGCAAAUAUUGCCACAGAACAGCUCUUUAACAGAACUCCACACUGGAUCAUGCGGUGCCAAACAUAUGAAGGAGGUUUCAGUGGGACUCCAGGAAUGGAAGCCCAUGGAGGCUAUACUUUUUGUGGAUUAGCUGCUCUCACCCUCCUCCAUGCUCACCAUCUGUGUGACACACCAGCCCUCCUGAGAUGGGCAACUAAUCGUCAGAUGCGGUUUGAAGGAGGCUUUCAGGGCAGGACCAACAAAUUGGUGGAUGGCUGCUACUCAUUUUGGCAGGGCGGCCUCUUUCCCAUCCUCCACACAUUGCUUGCACAAGAAGAUGCAGUGAACAUGAGUGCUGAAAGGUGGAUGUUCAACCAGGAAGCAUUACAAGAAUACCUGUUAAUAUGUUGUCAGCAUCCACGUGGUGGACUUAUUGACAAGCCUGGAAAGGCAUCUGAUUUUUAUCACACAUGCUAUACUUUAAGUGGUAUGUCAGUAGCGCAACAUUUCUCCACUGCUGCAAUACACAAGAAGUGUGUUGUUGGUCAUUCGUCUAAUGAACUGAGUAUGGUGCACCCAUUGUACAACAUAGGUGUGGAGUCAGCUUUAGCAGCCACACAACAUUUUAACAAUUUACCAGUGCCUGAAACAAGAGAAAAUAACCAAACUAAUACCAACACAUCUAGUCAUGAUGACAGGGCCCAAACUUGAGGAGGAUUUAUCUUAGAAGAAUAUCAUAUAAAUUAAAGUACUAUGAACUUCUGCAUUUUUGUUUGAAAGUCUGAAGGUGACUAACAUUGUUUCCUAAUGAAAAAAGUGUAGAAGAAAGUUCUCUUCUUAUGUUGGGAAAGUGCUUAAAUAAGAAGUGAUUUGUUCACAUACUUGCUGUAUGAAUUGAGUAUGAGUGAGUAGUCCUUUACAGGAAGAAUUUCUGCCACGGGGUUGGCAUCAAAACUGCACUAUAGUUUUGGAGAUUUUAUUUGUUAACAAUAUGCCCACAUUGAAAUAUAGUUACUGAAUUAAAGAUAUACUAAACUGAAGUAAAAGAAAGACUUGACAUAGACUUAAAAGAACUCAUAAGGUUACAAGUUGUGAACAUGAAUGCCUUACUCUGCCUGAUGUAAGUCCUAUCACAGAAACAAAUGUGUUCAUUUAGGAAGAGAGCCUUUAAUGGAAACUACAAGAACUUCAGGAAAAUGCUAAUUUGGUUUGUAGACAUGAAAUGGCAGUUGCUUAUGCUCCAUUUUAUAUAUUUUUACCUUAUAUUGGUAGAUGUAGCAUGCUUGAUGCUAAUAAUGUUUCAUAUGGCUAAUGUUAAAGAAAUCAGGUUGAUGUAUACUCAACAGUAAAAAAUGUCUAUAUUUGACAUACUAUGUUGGGAUGCAAUUUAAUCAUCAGACAUAAUGUUAUGGGUAUUUAACUAUUUUAUGAGGUGUUAGGGAGAUUUAUUUUCAAUCCUCUCCUGUAAGUGUUAGAAUUUGAGCUAUUAAUGAUGUCACAUUCUUACUAGUAACAAGUGGUAUGUCAAAAUGGUUCUGUUUGUGCUAUAUUGUCUGAUAUGACAAAUAUGCAACUGGUGUUUCCAGUGAUGGGCAUUUGUCCACACACUGUCCGUACUGUAAUUAUAAAGAAGAUAAGUGGAAGACUGCAUUUAAUAUGUGUUAUAUUCUCAGUUAAGACCUGCAGUAUUAGAUGAUUCAUAGACAGUGGUGCACUCAUAGCAUUUGAGUUAAAUGCUAUCAGUAAUAAGCGCAGUUUCAUACCAUUUUCUCUUUCAACAAAAUUUAUAGUUUCUUGGAGUUAUAGAGAAUCUUCGUAGGCAAAAGAAAAUAGUGUUGAUAUUCAGUAAUGACAUUUUUACACCAAAAUGAAUUUGCAAAAAAAUUUAACUAGCCAGUAGAAAAAUUAUUGCCAAAAUUUUUAAUAAUGCUUCUUAGAAUCUUUCUUGAAGUAGAAGUUCACAUUGAAGUAAUUCUGACAAAUAUCUAUUAAGGUGCUUUACAUAUUGAUUUUGAAAAAUAAAAGCAGACAGAGGAGCAAAUGGUAGCUUACUUUACUAAGAAAUGAAGGGGUUUUGGUUUGGUUGCCGACUUUUGGUGCUGUAACCAUAAAAAGCUUCUGAUUUUUGUGUGUCAAGUACAGCCACAUACAAAAGUUUGUUCGAUGCUGAAGCCUCAGAAUACCUCACCGUGAGUUUAUUUGUUAUUUGUGAAACAAUUUUAAAUGUCCUGACAUGGCUUUGGUGUGUGAUUGCAAUUGAAAGUGGGAAAGUUUGAUCAACUUAAGAUUUCUAAAACACUUGUAUAUGAAUUCCUUUUAAUCUUUACUCAGAAACACAUUUUUAUAUAUUUUCAACAUAGCUGUAGCAUUGAACAUUAUAUGCUUAUUGUCAUCAUAUUGAUAAAAUAGAAAUUAGAUUUCCUAAAAUGA